AUGGAAGGAGCCCACGCCCGCGGAGCGCAGCCGAGACUCGGAGAACGCGGUCGGCCGGCGGGGCGCAGCAGAGCCCCGGGGCAUCUCAUAUUCCAUCAGCCCCGGCCUCCGGGUGAGUCCGAACUGACCCCUCCUGCAGGCACCAUGGCCCAGGGCUGGGCGCUGCUGCUCCUGCUGCUGUUGCCGCGGCAGCUGGGAGUGGUGCUCGCUGCCAGGACCCCGGGGUUUGGCCGAAGCGGCGCCCGCAGCCUGAGCCCCGAAGAGAAUGAAUUCUCAGAGGAGGAGCCGGUGCUAGUCUUGAGCCCCGAGGAGCCCGGGCGCGGCCCAGCCACCAUCGACUGCCCUCGAGACUGCGCCUGCUCCCAGGAGGGGGUCGUGGACUGCGGCGGCAUCGACCUGCGCGAGUUCCCGGGGGACCUGCCCGAGCACACUAACCAUCUGUCCUUGCAGAACAACCAGCUGGAGAAGAUCUACCCCAGGGAGCUCUCCCGGCUGCAUCGGCUGGAGACGCUGAACCUCCAGAACAACCGCCUGACUUCCCGAGGGCUCCCGGAGGAGGCAUUUGAGCAUCUGACCAACCUCAAUUACCUGUACCUGGCCAAUAACAAGCUGACCUUGGCACCCCGCUUCCUGCCAAAUGCCCUGAUCAGUGUGGACUUCGCUGCCAACUAUCUCACCAAAAUCUACGGGCUCACCUUUGGUCAGAAGCCAAACUUGAGGUCCGUGUAUCUGCACAACAACAAGCUGGCGGACGCCGGGCUGCCGGACAACAUGUUCAAUGGCUCCAGCAAUGUUGAGAUCCUCAUCUUGUCCAGCAACUUCCUGCGCCAUGUACCCAAGCACCUGCCGCCCGCCCUCUACAAGCUGCACCUCAAGAACAACAAGCUGGAGAAGAUCCCACCAGGUGCCUUCAGCGAGCUGAGCAACCUGCGUGAGCUGUACCUGCAGAACAACUACCUGACUGAUGAGGGCCUGGACAAUGAGACCUUCUGGAAGCUCUCCAGCCUGGAGUACCUGGAUCUGUCCAGCAACAACCUGUCGCGGGUCCCGGCAGGGCUGCCGCGCAGCCUGGUGCUGCUGCACCUGGAGAAGAACGCCAUCCGGAGCGUGGCCGCGGACGUGCUGACCCCCAUCCGCAGCCUCGAGUACCUGCUGCUACACAGCAACCAGCUGCGCGCGCAGGGCAUCCACCCGCGGGCCUUCCAGGGCCUCAAGCGGCUGCACACAGUGCACCUGUACAACAACGCUCUGGAGCGCGUGCCCAGCGGCCUGCCCCGCCGCGUGCGCACCCUCAUGAUCCUGCACAACCAGAUCACCGGCAUCGGCCGCGACGACUUUGCCACCACCUACUACCUGGAGGAGCUCAACCUCAGCUACAACCGCAUCACCAGCCCGCAGGUGCACCGCGAUGCCUUCCGCAAGCUGCGUCUGCUGCGCUCGCUGGACCUCUCCGGCAACCGGCUGCACACCCUGCCGCCUGGGCUGCCGCGCAACGUGCACGUGCUGAAGAUCAAGCGCAACGAGCUGGUCGCCCUGGCGCGUGGGGCGCUGGCCGGCAUGGCCCAGCUGCGGGAGCUCUACCUCACCGGCAACCGGCUGCGCAACCGGGCCCUGGGACCCCGUGCCUGGGCCGACCUCUCUGGUCUGCAGCUGCUCGACAUUGCUGGGAAUCAGCUCACGGAGAUCCCCAGGGGGCUUCCAGAGUCGCUGGAGUACCUGUACCUGCAGAAUAACAAGAUUAGUGCCGUGCCCGCCAAUGCCUUUGACUCUACACCCAACCUCAAAGGGAUUUUUCUCAGGUUUAACAAGCUGGCUGUGGGCUCCGUGGUGGAGAGUGCCUUCCGGAAGCUGAAGCACCUGCAAGUCUUGGACAUAGAGGGCAACUUUGAGUUUGGUGACGUUUCCAAGGACCGGGGCCGGUUGGAGAAGGAAGAGGAGGAGGAGGAGGACGAUGACGACGAGGAGGAAGAGGAAAGGCGGUAGUGACUGGGUGAAUCGGAUCUGACAUAGGACGACGGACCACUGGAGCCUUUCUGCAGCACGUGCCUGAGCCCUGCACACCCCCACUCUGCCUUGCUCACAGACACUCACAGCACAGUGCCCACCAGGCCCCACUCCACACACAGACUGGACCCAGUCUCCCCUCCCCACCCCUUCCUGCAGUCCAUCCACAGCCAGACACCCACACACAGCCAGCGGCACAGCGUCCUCCAAACUUCCCCAUGUUGGCCCCACACUCAAUGCUGCCCUCAGUCCCUGAGUCCUGCAGACGAGGCAAAGGGUCUGACCAGUCCCAGCACUCAUGGGUACCUGCUCCCUGCCCCGUGGACACAUGUACACACACACACACACACAUGAGUUACAUGCUCUUCUCGGCCUCUGCCACCAGCAGCUCUUGCCCCAGCCAGAAAUGGCCAGCUCGCUGUCUGUCUGUCUGCCCCCUCUGUCUGUCCCUUGGAGAAGACACAGAGUUAUCUCCAUGCUGUCUGCGGCCAGGUGCCUGCACCCUCUGGAUCUCACAGACUGGGUUUUCUUCCUUUCUCUCCAUUUGGGGAAGGAACCUUCAGGACUGCUUCCUUGGCCCAAAACCGGGUCAGUCAUUCCCCGCCAGGCCCUGGCCGGGCCCAGACACAACUUUGAUGGACGAGCCCCACUGAGGCCAGAGGGAAGGUCUGAGGCUGCUGGGGUCUUGGGCUGGAGCUCGGCGGAGGUGGCGGGGCUGGGUGGAGCAAGAGCGAAGGGCCCAGCUGCACCGAUGAGAGAACUUUUUUAUUCUUUGGGCCUGAGGGGAGUUCUGGGUGCCUUUUUUUUUUUUUUAAUUCUUUUUUAAGGAAAAAAAAAAGAUAAAAACUUCAAAGCUGAUUUUUCUUGUUACAGAAAAACUAAUAUAAAAGCAUUACCCCUGUCUGGCA